CGACCAACACGCCGCCACCGCGCGCAGCAGCGAGUUUCUGGCCCAACAGCCCGCAGGACGUUUAUCUCGAUUGGUUGAGGAAAGUCGGACCGCUUCCCUGCAAUGACAUAGCUCUUGCGGUGGGGUUGAGCGCGAGAGCAUUGACGAUGGCCCAGCGUUGAGAGAGCUGCGCGCGAGACGCUGCCAAUAUUAUUGUUGCCAGAUCGCCCUCUCUUUCUGCGUGAACUUUCUCACUGACACUGCAUUCUGCUCACAAUUCCCAGUACACUCCUUUGCACUGCACGUCGUCUUCACGAGAAACCUCACUGCUGACAGACCCCAUCCUCGCCGCCGCCACUCACCAUGGCCGACAAACUGAACGAGACGUCGCCCGACAGCGUCAUGGCGAAGCCGAACGGGCAGGUGCCCAACGACGGCACGGGCAUCGUCCAGCUUGAUCCGUGGCUCGAGCCAUACACGGGCGCCCUCAAGUCGAGGUUCACGCAGACCCAGAACUGGAUCAAGACCAUCGACAAGCACGAAGGCGGUCUCGAGAAGUUCUCGCGCGGCUACGAGAAGUUCGGAUUCAAUGUGUCGCCAGACAACACCAUCACAUACCGCGAAUGGGCACCAUUUGCCCUGCGAGCCUACCUCAUCGGUGACUUCAACGAGUGGAACCGAGAUAGCCAUCAGAUGCAGCGAGAUGCAUUCGGUGUCUGGGAAAUCCAACUGCCCGCCGUCAAUGGCCAACCAGCAAUUCCUCACGACAGCAAAAUCAAGAUUAGCAUGGUGGUGCCAAACGAUGGGCAAAGAGUGGAGAAGUUGCCGGCAUGGAUAACUCGAGUGACACAAGAUCUGUCAGUCUCGCCCAUCUACGACGCACGAUUCUGGAAUCCGCCUCAGAAAUAUCAGUGGAAGAAUCCUCGCCCGGCGAAGCCACUCAGCGCACGAAUUUACGAAGCACACGUCGGUAUCUCGAGCCCGGACCCCAAGGUCGCUACGUACAAAGAGUUCACUCAAAAUACACUGCCUCGUAUUCGAGACUUGGGGUACAACACAAUUCAGCUCAUGGCCAUCAUGGAGCACGCCUACUACGCUUCGUUCGGCUAUCAGAUCAACUCCUUCUUUGCCGCAUCAUCGCGAUAUGGACAUCCAGACGAUUUGAAAGAGUUGAUCGACACAGCACACGGAAUGGGAAUCACAGUACUGCUGGAUGUCGUCCACUCGCAUGCUAGCAAAAACGUUGCAGACGGUCUCAACAUGUUCGACAACAGCGACCACCUCUACUUCCACGAGGGAGCUCGUGGCCGGCACGAGUUGUGGGAUUCGCGGCUCUUUAACUACGGGCAUCACGAAGUCCUGCGCUUCUUGCUGUCCAACUUGCGCUUCUGGAUGGAAGAGUACCAAUUCGAUGGCUUCCGAUUCGAUGGUGUCACCAGUAUGCUGUACAAGCACCACGGCAUUGGCACUGGCUUCAGCGGAGGCUACCACGAGUACUUCGGCCCCAGCGUCGAUGAGGAAGGCGUAGUCUACCUCAUGCUGGCCAACGAGAUGUUGCAUAACCUUUAUCCAGACUGCAUCACGAUCGCCGAGGACGUGAGCGGAAUGCCCGGUCUGUGUGUCAAGUUGAGCUUGGGUGGAAUAGGAUUCGACUACAGACUUGCCAUGGCUGUACCAGACUUGUACAUCAAGUGGCUUAAAGAGAAGCAAGACAUUGACUGGGACAUGGGAGCACUCUGCUUCACCUUGACGAAUCGUCGUCAUGGUGAGAAGACCAUUGCCUACGCAGAGAGUCACGAUCAAGCGCUGGUCGGCGACAAGACCUUGCUGUUCUGGUUGUGUGACGCCGAGAUGUACACCAACAUGUCCACUCUCACGCCUUUCACACCCGUCAUCGAGCGUGGAAUGGCGCUGCACAAGAUGAUCCGACUCAUCACACAUUCGCUCGGAGGCGAAGCCUACCUCAACUUCGAGGGCAACGAGUUCGGCCAUCCAGAGUGGCUGGACUUCCCUCGCGAGGGCAACGGCAACAGCUUCCACUACGCCCGCCGACAGUUCAACCUCGUGGAAGACAAGCUUCUCCGCUAUCACUUCCUGAACGACUUCGACAAGGCCAUGCAGUGGACCGAGCAGAAGUAUGGUUGGCUGCACUCACCUCAAGCAUAUGUCAGCCUCAAGAACGAAAAUGACAAGGUGGUCGUCUUCGAGCGUGCCGGCCUGCUGUUCAUUUUCAACUUCCAUCCUUCCAGCUCUUUCACAGACUACCGUGUCGGCGUUGAACAGGCUGGAACUUACAGAGUCGUCUUGAACACUGACGACCCGGCCUUCGGAGGUCUCGGACGAUCACAGAACGAUACCCGCUUCUUCACGACUGAUUUUGCGUGGAACAACCGCAAGAACUUCUUGCAAGUGUACAUUCCUACUCGCACAGCACUGGUUCUCGCACUCGAGGAAACCCUCGACCCGAACUGGAAGUCUCAGGUCUCGCUCGGAUACUGAGCGCAAUUUCACGAAAAUAGCAGACUGAUGAAAAGCUUCAUUGAGGUUUAAGCUAGGCGUUGGAAGGGGACAUCACAGUGUAUACUAUAGAUAUCCGGCGUUGACAGUACGUCCAAGGAGUGCAAGGCACUUGUUCGGCUUAACUAGAAGUUUGAUCCCGUGAUCGUUGCUGGAGAAUUGCGAUAAGGCGAUAUUUAUUCUAGUCCUUCUGCCACCUUUUUGCCGCUGCGAGUGCCAUAAUGCCAUGGCGACGGACAGUCACAUGCCGUCACCCAAGUUGCUAGUCACAAUUUUUAUGCCGG